CGCUUGUAGUGAUAGUGUCCUGCUCUACCUUCAACUCCCAACACUAGACCGCGUGUGUGUCCUGCAGACGGGCGUACAACAUAUUUUACCACUGGCAGCAUCUACGUUUGUAAGAUGAACUGCAACUGCCCGGUGACGCAGCCGGGGCCGACCCUGGCCAGCACGUGUGGGGGUUCUACCUUCAUGCUGUUCAUGGGGCUACUGGAGGUGUUCAUCCGCUCCCAGUGUGACCUGGAGGACCCGUGCGGCCGUCCCGUGUCCCGCGACUUGCCCGACAGAGAGUACGACUUCAUCGUCGUCGGUGCCGGUUCCGCGGGGGCCGUGGUCGCUAGUAGACUGUCGGAGGUGCCCCACUGGCGAGUACUUCUGGUGGAGGCCGGGGAGAAUGAGCCCACAGGCACCCAGGUACCCUCUAUGUUCCUCAACUUCCUUGGCACCUCCAUCGACUGGGCGUACAGAACUGAACCGGAGGACAUGGCGUGUUUGUCAGAGAACGAACGGAGGUGCUACUGGCCCAGAGGAAAGGUGAUAGGCGGGACGAGUGUCCUGAACGGCAUGAUGUACAUGAGGGGGUCCAGGAAGGACUACGACGACUGGGCUAAGCUCGGCAAUUCUGGCUGGAGCUACCAAGACGUUCUGCCGUACUUCCUGAAAUCUGAAGACAACCUGCAGGCUGAUAUCAUGGACCCUGGCUUCCACGGUGUCGGAGGAUAUCUCCCCGUCACUCAGUUCCCCUACCAUCCGCCACUGUCGCACGCUAUCCUCCAGGCGGCCAUCGAGGUGGGAUACCCCGUCCGCGAUGUGAAUGGUGCCCAACACACGGGGUUCGCAAUUGCACAGACUACUAGCAAGAACGGGUCCAGAUACAGCACGUCACGAGCGUUCUUGAGACCAGUCAAGGACAGACCUAACCUGCACAUCCUCUUGAACACCACUGUCGCCAAGGUCUUGGUUGAUCCCAUCAAGAAGAUGGCGUACGGAGUGGAGGUCGUUAGAGGCGAUGGAAGGAGAGAGAAGAUUCUCGCUAAGAAUGAAGUCGUGGUGAGUGGAGGUGCUGUCAAUUCACCACAGAUUCUUCUCUUGUCAGGUAUCGGACCACAGGACGACCUUACCCAGGUGGGUGUCCCAGUGAUCCACCAUCUCCCCGGAGUGGGUAGAAACCUGCACAACCACGUCGCUUUCUUCCUCAGAUUCUUUAUCAACGACACCUCGACGACUCCCCUCAACUGGGCCACUGCCAUGGAGUACCUUCUCUUCAGGGACGGGCUGAUGUCCGGCACGGGGCUGUCUGAGGUGACCGGUUUCGUCAACUCCAAGUAUGCGGAUCCAUCCGAAGAUCACCCAGAUCUACAGUUCUUCUUUGGCGGUUUUCUCGCCAACUGCGCUCGCACUGGUCAGGUCGGCGAGAGGACGGGAGACGCCAACGCCACGGGACCCCCUCCACAACGAGAGGUCAACAUCAUCCCCGCUGUCCUCCAUCCCAAGAGCCGCGGAUAUCUCCGCCUCAGAGACAACAACCCGCUGUCGCCUCCGAUGAUCUUCGGCAAAUAUCUCACAAACCCCGCUGACGUCGCUACUCUCAUCGAAGGAAUCAAGUUCGGUAUACGGCUGUCCGAGACCAGGGCCCUGCAGAAGUACGGGUUCCGGCUAGAUAGAACUCCGGCAAUGGGGUGUGAAAACAUCUCGUUCGGCUGUGACGCCUACUGGGAAUGCGCCAUCAGAAGAAACACGGGCCCGGAGAACCAUCAGGCUGGAAGCUGUCGCAUGGGUCCUCCGGGAGACCCCGGGGCUGUGGUCGACCCGGAGCUCAGGGUGCACGGCGUGGAUCGCCUGAGGGUGAUAGACGCUUCCGUGAUGCCUUCGGUCACCUCAGGGAACACCAACGCCCCGACCAUCAUGAUCGCGGAGAAGGGGUCGGACCUCAUCAAGAGCAGGUGGAUCGGCAAACAGCUGUGGACCAAGUGGUGACGGUGCUUAAUACAUUGUAACAUACCGUGUAUCAAAUGUACAUAUAUUUGGAACAAAGCCUAAGUGAACAAACUGAUUCACUAUUCAGUUAAGAAUUGUGGUGUGUCAUUUAAAACGUUGUUUUAUAUAAAUGUCGUAUGGGUAUGUGCUAAGAGCUUUAAAACAUUUUGGGUGUUUUGGUUUUUGUAUAUAUUAUUUUUUCAAUCUAAAAUAUUGAAACUAUAACUGAAGGUUUUUAAACAGUUUGUAAAAUCUGGUUACAGUGAUUAAACCAGAGAACUCAACAAUACGUUAUUAGACCUCUGGUCAGAUGGCUUUAAUAUAUUUAAGUUUAUUUAUUUAUUAUUAAUAUCAAAUAUAAUUUGUUAUUCUGACUUUUCAGUCUUUUUGUUUAACUUUAUGUAAUUAAUAUUUCAGCAAUUUAUUCAGGAUUAUAUCAGAUACCAAUCCUCCCCGUUAGAUUUAAAUAAUUGUAUAACAAUAUUCUAUUUGAAUCGACAACAGUUUUCAUAAUAUAGUGUUGUAGUCCUUUUAUUGUAUAUAUAUACAAUAAAAGUGUGUUGUAUAUAUAUAUUUACUUGAGUGUUUUGUAUUGCUGAUCAUAUGAAAUCAUAAACUAAUUGGUAAAUAUAAAAGUAAUUGAGUAUUUUGAUUGAGCUUUUUGUUUAAGUUAUUUAAUAUUUUUGGUAUUUAUUAAUACCAAAAAAUCUUCAAACGGAUACAAACUAAUUGUAAAUACUUGUAGCUAUACAUCUUUUGCUUUACAAAAAAUCAACCACCAACAUUGCCAAUUGAUGACAGUUUAUUUUUUGAAAUCGCAUAGAAUGCCUUUAAAACACUUCUUUGUUAGUGCAAAAAUUAAACACGCAUCGCUAGAUGUAUGUAUAUUACAGUUGUGUUAUUAUGACGAGUGUAUAACCGAUUUGUUGUGUUUUGAAUUUUAAACCUAUGUGUCAUGAACACAGAUACAAAUAUUUUUAGUAUUCUAGUAUUUAGUUCAAGUUAAUGCAUUGUCAGUUUCCUGAUAAAUUAGAGAUUAGUUCGUUUAGUAUGUUUUACUUUAAUAAUGUUCUUAGUUUGUUCUUUACUAUUAUCAUGUUUAUAUUUUGUUCAUUACUAUUAUGCUUGUAACUUUUUAUUCAUGUAAAGAUGUUGUUAGAUCUACAGAAACUAGUUUUAGAUAAACGUCAUAACAUCUAACGAACAAUUUAUGUCAAACGAUUCGUGUUCCAAUCAA